AUGUCAAUUAGUAUUUUAUCGUUCGGGUUAUCUGACAUACCCUCUCUCUUAAUAAUUUUUAUAAUCAGCUAUGUAACUCAAUUCUAUUAUCGUUAUUUCACUCGGAUAAAUCCUCUACCAGGUCCUAUCCCACUUCCAAUUAUUGGUAAUAUUCAUCAAAAAAGCGGAUAUAGUUUAGGCGAUUGGUAUAAAUUAUUGCACAAACAAUAUGGUGACAUGUUUGAAGUAAAUUAUGCUGGGCAACGUACAAUCGUAUUAUGUAGACCAGAUUUAAUUGAAAAUAUGAAUACAACUUCAACAAAAACUAAAUAUCCUAUUAGAUUUAACAAUACUGAAGGACUUGUUGAAUAUGGAAUUAGUGCAGUAGGAGUAGGCCAUAAUAAUAAUCCAAAAUCUUGGAAAUUUCAUCGUCAAUUUUUCACUCAGUCUAUGUUAACACCAAGUUUUAGUCAUCAAGCUGUCGAAUGGACAAAUGAAUUAUGGAAAGAAAUGGAAUCUUAUUGGAAUAAACUUGAUGAAAGUGAUGAAUUAGAUAUUACAAAAUGGAUGCAUAGAUUUACAAAUGAAAUUAUUUUUAAAAUUGCAACUGGUGUAAAAAAUAAUGCUGUUGCUGCUUAUCAUCAUAUUGUUGUUGUUCCUGAAAGUAUUAAGUCUUUAAAUGAAAAUGAACAAGAAAAAUUGAAAUAUUCUGAAAAUUUUGUUCAAUCUAUCCAAACUUAUAUGGGUGGUAUUGGUUAUUUCUUUGUUUUUAAUAAGUUUAUACGUAAUAAUUUUCCGUUUAUUCGUGGAAAAGUAAAGAGUCUAUUAAAAAAUAAGGACGAUCUUUUUGAUAAAAUAAGUAAAAUUAUCAAAGAAAGAAGAACUGAAAUUGAAAAUACACCAUUAGAUCAACCGCUUCGUCAUGAUUUGUUAACAUCACAUAUAACCGCAAAUACUCCACGUGAUAUAAAUGUUAUUAAACAUAGUGACGAUGUUGAUAUAUCGAGACCAAUGAAUGAUAAAGAGAUUUUUGGUAAUAUAUUUGAGUCGAUGAUCGCAGGAACUGACACUUCUGCGAAUAUGUUUUGUUUUAUCGUAUAUUAUCUCGGUCAUCAUCCUGAAGUAAAAAAACGUUUAAGGCAAGAAUUCGAUGAAGUUUUUGGAAAUAACUUGACAAAACCUAUAACAUAUAAAGAUCUUGAAGAAUUACAAUAUUGUGAUGCAGUUAUCAAAGAAGUAAAUCGUCAUAAUCCUGUAGCCUUUAUGAUCGGUCGCGUAAGUACCGAAAGUGAUAACGUUGGAGGAUACGAAUGGCCAGAAGGAACUGUAUUUCAAAUGUAUUUUGGCUCAAUAAUGAAAAGUAAAAAUUAUUGGACCGAUCCUGAAAAAUUCGAUCCUGACAGGUUUUAUAAAGUUGAAGAAAGUGAUAAAUACUUACUUGAAAAGAAAAAAAUUCAAAAUACUUAUUCUAUGUUUGGAGGAGGAAUUAGAAUGUGUCCUGGAAGAAAAUUGGCAAUUAUAGAAUUAAAAUGUUUAAUGACAUUAAUUUAUAGAAAUUAUGAUAUUGAUUUGGUGGAUAUUAACGCACCACUUAAACGUGAUUCUGGUUUUAUUAAUUCUUGUCGUGAAUUAAUGGUUAGGAUUAAACCAAGAAAAUUCUAA